UUUUUUUUGUGAUUGUCAACUGUGUAGUUAAAAGGUCCAUUCCGAAAAAUAAAUCUAGCUGCAGAGAAGCGUUGCUGUUGCAAUACGUUAAAGUCAAAACAUACUGCCGUAAGACAUGCUGCUGCUGCUAAUAGUGAGUUGUCUCCCUCUGAGCAGCAUUGUCGGACUUGAUAAUAGAUUGGCAAAGACGCCGCCAAUGGGCUGGAUGCCAUUUGAACGGUUCCGCUGCCUUACUGAUUGUGUCAAGUUCCCCAGGGACUGUAUCAGUGAGUUGCUUUUUAUGCGCAUGGCAGACCUUUUGGUAACUGAAGGAUAUGCGGCGAUUGGCUAUGAAUAUUUAAUAAUCGAUGAUUGUUGGAUGGAAAAACAACGCGAUGAAAACACAGGACAGCUAAUUGCCGAUCGAGAGCGCUUUCCCCGCGGUAUGAAGUUUCUUUCCGAUUACAUACAUUCAAAAGGUCUAAAGUUUGGCAUAUAUCACGAUAUCGGUGCGAAAACUUGCAUGCAUGGAGGACCCGGUGCGAAGGGAUAUUAUGCGAUCGAUGCUGAUACCUUUGCCAGUUGGAAAGUGGAUUAUGUGAAAUUAGAUGGAUGUUAUAUAGGAGGCAUUGAUCUGGACAUCGCCUACCCAGCUUUUGGAAAGGCCUUAAAUAGGACGGGUCGGCCGAUGGUUUAUUCUUGUAGUUGGCCGUACUAUCAAAAACACCCUAACUACGAAUUGAUCAAGGACCACUGUAAUCUUUGGCGAUUCUCAGAGGAUGUCAAGGACUCGUACGAUAGUGUGACCAGCAUCAUGUACAAUUAUUACAAGCAUCAAAAUGCAUUGCAGAAAAGUGCCGGACCAGGUCACUGGAAUGAUCCGGAUAUGCUGGUGCUUGGGAAUUAUCAUCUGAGCUAUGAAGCGAGUCGUUUACAAUUGGCCAUUUGGGCAGUGGUUGCUGCUCCUCUUAUAAUGACGAAUGACUUGCAGUCCGUGCGUCUUGAAAUAAAAGAGUUAUUACAAAAUCGAGAUAUAAUAGAGGUUGAUCAGGAUCCACUGGGCAUACCGGGGCAUUGUGCAUUUAGAUCUCGAUCUAGACAGAUCAGUGUAUAUAUAAAUCCUUUAUUCACUUAA